AUGCUGGGAAAUGGGAACUACGAUGUGAACGUCAUUAUGGCAGCACUUCAGACCAAAGGCUAUGAAGCUGUUUGGUGGGACAAGCGCAGGGAUGUGGGCGCCGUUGCUCUCACAAACGUUAUGGGCUUCAUCAUGAACCUGCCCUCCAGCCUGUGCUGGGGUCCCCUGAAGCUGCCGCUCAAAAGGCAGCACUGGAUCUGUGUUCGAGAGGUGGGAGGUGCCUACUACAACCGCGACUCCAAACUGAAGAUGCCCGAAUGGAUUGGAGGCGAGAGCGAGCUCAGGAAAUUUCUAAAACAUCAUUUGCGAGGAAAGAACUGUGAACUCCUGCCGGUGGUACCAGAAGAGGUGGAGGCCCACCAGAGUUGGAGGGCUGAUGUGUGA